AUUCUUCUACUUCUCAACAAUUGUUAACAAAAGUUUUAAAUAAUAUGUCAAAAACAUUUUAUAGUACAAAAAAACAAAAAGAACUUAAUCAAUAUUUAGUUAAAUUUAUUGUAGGAACUGUUCAACCUUUACAAUUAGUUGAAGCUUCAGAUUUUAUUAAUUUUUGUUAUCAGUUAGAUUCUAGAUAUCAGAUUCCUUGUAGAAAAACUUUAAAAGAUGAAAUAGAUUUUGUUUAUCACUAUAUGGUUGAGCAAAUAAAAGAAUUAAUUAAUAAUAGUGCUAAGCAUGUUUCACUUACUUUAGAUCUUUGGAGUUCAAAAGCAUAUAUUCUAUAUUUAGAAAAUACUAAUAUUCAAAAUGAAAAUAAUAAUAAUAAUGAAGAAAAAGAAGCAAUUUUAGAUAUUAUUAAAGCAAAUAAUACUAGAUAG